AUGGUGCAAGCGAUCCCCGAAAUAAGCAGGCAAUGGAAGGUUGUCGGUGAAAAUGGAUCAGAUUCUCUACAAUUUUCGGAUGAGAAGUCUCCAGAGGUCGGUGAUAGCCAGGUUCUAGUCAAAAUCCAAGGCGCCACCUUGAACUACCGAGAUGUCACAAUUACUGAGGGCACAUACCCUUGGGACGUCAAACCGGACGUUGUCCCAGGGUCUGACGGCGCAGGCACAGUACUAGCUGUCGGAAAGCAUGUUACCCGAUUCAAACCAGGCGAUGAAGUGGUUACGGCGCUAGCUCAGAGAUACAUCGCAGGCCCACUCAGCGACGACCUUCCACAGUCUGGACUUGGUGCCGUACUCGAUGGCACUUUUCGCACCAUCGGAGUCUUCGGCGAGCAGGGUCUCGUCCCGCUGCCUCGAGGCUUGAGCUUCAUCGAGGGCGCAGCCCUGACUUGUGCUGGUGUUACUGCUUGGAACGCCCUCUUUGGACUACCCGGCAGGCAAGUCUCGGCCGGGCAAUGGGUUCUCACGCAGGGUACGGGCGGAGUAAGCAUCUUUGCCAUUCAAUUCGCCAAAGCCGUCGGAGCGAGGGUCAUUGCCACCACCAGCUCUGCCGAGAAGGCCAAACUUCUUGAGAGGCUCGGUGUUGACCAUAUCAUCAACUAUCGUGAGACGGUCGAUUGGGGAAAAGAGGCCAAAAGGUUGACCGGAGGCGUUGGCGUGGAUUUGGUCGUCGAAGUUGCGGGACCAACGACUCUGAGACAAAGUCUUGUCAGCUGCAGACUAGACGGAACUAUCAUCACCACGGGGUUUGCUGGCGGUAACCCGUCUGAGCACGACAUGCCAACGUUUUUGGAUUCGUGGCUGAGCCUAGUUACGGUUCGAGGAGUUUGGUGUGGCAGUCGGCUACAGCUUGAAGAGAUGUCUCGAGCCAUCGAGGCCGACGUAGACAGGUUGCGCCCUGUCAUUGAUCCCAAGGUCUUCAAUCUGGAACAACUAAAGGAGGCGUACGAGUAUCUGCAGUCAGGAAAACACCAAGGAAAAAUGGCCAAGUUUUUCGCCCCUGCUGCGGCUCUGCUGAACGUCGUUCUGGUAGCGGCGUCUCCUCGUGGCCACCACGGAUCUCACAUUCGUUACACAAACACCAUUCCUCGCGCAAGCAACGCAACCGGCUGCGUUGUCACCAAGUACGACGACAUUGCGAACGCCGUCAAGACAUGCACCGAUAUCACGCUCUCUAACAUUGCUGCGCCCUCCAACGGUGCUAUCGAUCUCUCCAAGCUCCAGACGGGUACCAAGGUCACCUUCGACGGCACAACCACUUUUGCCGAUACCGUCGACAGCAGCUUCGACCCCAUCAUCAUCUCCGGAACCAACAUUGUUGUUACUGGCGCUCCCGGACAUGUGAUCGAGGGCAAUGGUGCGGCUUACUGGGACGGUCUUGGAUCCAACGGUGGUGGCGACAAGCCUAACCACUUCGUUGUCGUCAAGAAGACCACCAACGCCAAGAUCACCAACCUGAACAUCAAGAACUGGCCCGUCCACUGCUUCUCCAUGACCGGCAACCAGGGUCUCACUGUCUCCGGCCUCGUCCUCGAUAACUCUGCCGGUGACGCGCCCAACUCCAAGAGCGGCAGCAAGGCCGCCGCCCACAACAGUGACGGUUUCGACAUCUCCUCCAGCGACAACGUCCUUCUCGAGAACAUCAAGGUACACAACCAGGACGACUGCGUCGCCGUCACCAGUGGAACCAAGAUCACUGUCAACAACCUCUACUGCUACGGAGGUCACGGCCUCAGCAUCGGCUCCAUCGGCGGCAAGAGCAACAACACCGUUGACGGCGUUGUCUUUUCCAACUCCCAGGUCGUCAAGAGCUCCAACGGCUGCCGUAUCAAGUCCAACUCCAACACCACUGGCGAGGUCAGCAACGUCACGUACAAGAACAUCACCCUCACCGAUAUCGACACCUACGGCAUUGAUGUCCAGCAGGAUUACCUCAACGGUGGCCCAACUGGCUCGCCCACCAACGGAGUCAAGAUCUCUGGCAUUCACUUCAUCGAUGUGACUGGAACUGCCACUAGCGACGCCUACAACUACUACAUUCUCUGCGGUGACGGCAGCUGCUCCGACAUCACCUUUGAGAACACCAAGAUCACGGGAGGCGGCAAGACCAGCAGCUGCAACUUCCCCGCCAGCGGAUGCCCGGCAUAA